AUGUUGAGAAGUGUAAGAUAUCUCAAUACUGCAGUCAAGGAUUCAACUAUCAAUGAUUAUUUGAAAGAUACCUUAAAAUUUAUAGUGAUACCACUUCACCAUAAUAUGAAUUUUAUCUAUUUUAAACAUACUAAUGACUUGCUUAAUAAGAAAUCCAAGCUGAUAGCGACGGAAAACUGGCUAAUUCAAAAGACAAUCAAAAUGUGGAACAAAUUAGAAAAAUCAGAUAAUAAGGUUAGUCAGAAAUUCGUUAAAUUAAUGCAAAGUUUAAUUGACAAGGUUUCAAUAGAUGAAAAGACAUUGAUGUCUAUACCGGGUGAAAGUUAUCUCCUGAAGAGAACAAAGGAAUUGGGACCGCUGACAAGUAAACAGUACAAAAAUUCGAACUCUCCUUUGAAAAUAAAGCUAAUCAAAGUAUACUAUCCAUCUAAUAGAAUAUCAAAGGUUGAUCUAACGAACAAACUGACCGCAUUGCACCAAAAUGGGCUGAAGUUGCAUCGAAGAAGAUUGUGGCAAUGUCUUAUAGGUAUACCGUUGACCUUUCCCAUUAUACUAAUACCGAUAAUACCCAAUCUACCAGGUUUUUACCUAACUUAUAGGGCAUACUGUAAUUUUAAAGCGUAUCUGGGCGCUAAACAUUUGAAAUCUAUCAUGGAAGACGAGCUACUUGAAUAUUCCAAUUUGAAGGAGUAUUCAAGACUACUUGCUCAAGACGCCAAUGUCAAUAUAGAUACCAUCACAAGACUAUUAGAAAUCGAUGAGCUGCAAAAAUUUCUAACGACACACGUGACGAAAAAUGAAAAGUCUUAA